AUGUGGAUGGACCCCGAGACAAAAGGCAUUUCUAGGGCUGCCCCUACUAUUCAACCUCCAGAUCUUCCCAGUACCUCUUGCUCAGGCCCCCAAGGGACAGAAUUUAUCACAGUCUUCAUGCAGAAUCACUUACCAAAUUAUGACAGUAAAGACUUCAAGUUAUUCAUCACUGGCUACAUCCCUGAGACGUUUGUCACCAUCUCAAUAAAUAAAGCAGAUUUUUUGGUCACUAUCACUGCAAAUCCCGAACAGACAGUAUCUGUGAUGAUCCCAGCGUUUGUGGAGCUGGCUGGAAGCAACAAAUUUGACCACACGGUCAUCAUCCGUGCUGAUCAUGAGAUCUCCAUCCUCGCUCUGAACUAUAAGACCUAUACGGCUGAUACCACUGUAGUGUACCCCGUGCAGAGGCUCGGGACAGAGUACUAUGUGGUGACUCCACUGGGCAAGCCUGAUGGUCUCGAUAAGCAAUUUGCUGUAGUAGCCUGGAAGGAUCCCACCAUUGUUGAAGUUUACCUCAAAGGGGCUGUCACUUUCCAAAGAAAAGCCUACAUAGCAGGGACAAAACUGGUCAUCCCACUUGGAGCUUACCAGGCCGUCCAGCUGCAAAGCCGUGAUGACUUAUCUGGCACCAGGAUCGUGUCCCAGAAUCCCGUGGCCGUCUAUAGUGGACAUGUAUGUGUUGCAAAGCACACCAAAUGUGACUACGUGAGUGAGCAGCUCCUGCCAGUGUCUGUCUGGGGCACCACAUUCAUUGUACCACCCUUAUCCUUCCAGCCAAAAUUUGACCUGGUGUAUGUGGCUGCUUCCCAACACACACACCUUGAUUAUCAGUCUGGGAGGUCGAGAGCCUCUAAGGACCUGGUUGCUGGGCAAGUUGUGACAUUUGAAAUCAAAUUCCCUAGUCCCUUGUACAUCUCUGCUAGUGCUGGGAUCCAAGUCGCCUUCUUCUGCGCUGGUGGAAGCAAAGGAAAAAUCAUGUAUGAUCCCUUCUUCCUGAUCAUCCCAGAUGUCUCUGGCUACUGCCAGACCUAUAACAUCCAUGGACAGGACCUGUUUGAGAACUACGCAAUGAUAACAGCCAAAACAUCAGAAUCUGGUGGUAUCACCAUUGAUAAGGAACCCUUGGGAAACAUUGCAUGGAGGCCAAUUCCAGGCACAGGGUUCUCUUGGGCUGAAUACAAACUUGGCAACGGGUUUAAGAGAGAAACCAUGGAGCACUCCAGAUCUCCUUUUGGGCUUCUGAGCAUUGGGAUUGCAUCCAAAUCUGGGUAUGGCUCACCGGCUAUUGGUGCAAGCAAUAUUCCGACACCAUCCUGCAGUGUGGUCCUCUGCAAGGAAGGAACCGUUUGUAAGAUGAUAGAUGGGGAGCCAGAGUGUUUGCCAGUUUCUGCGGCCACGUGCUGGGCUGGGGGUUACUUGCAUUACCACACCUUCGAUGACCGGCUGUAUGACAUCCAUGGAACCUGCACUUACACCGUGGCCAAGACCUGUGGGUGUGACUGCGGCCCGCACUCCUUUGACAUCACGGCUGAGAGUGGGAACAGGGGGAACACACAGGUCUCAUACAUUGCGUUGGUGACCAUCCAGGUAGAUGGAAUUACCAUCACAGUGGCCAGGGCAGAAGUCGGCUUUGUGAGGGUGAAUAACACCAGGGCCCACUUACCCAUCUCCUUGAACAAUGGGGCCCUUCGGCUCUAUCAGAGCGGCACCUCCCUUGUCCUCCGCACCGACUUCAACCUCAGGGUGUCCUAUGACUGGAACAACCACCUGAGGGUCACCGUCCCUAAUGACUUCUCCAACAGCCUGUGCGGCCUGUGCGGCAACUAUAAUGGGGACCCCUCCGAUGACUUCUGGACCCCAGCCGAGGAUCCGGAUCCCAGUGUCAUUCUUCAGGAGCAAAGCUGGGCAGUGGAAGAUGAGGAUCAGUUUUGCUGGCACGAUUGCAUUGGAGGUUGCAAGCCCUGUGCUACCAGCAUAGCCACAAAGUACAAGGAGGAGGCCUCGUGUGGCCUGAUAGCCAAGGUCUCAGAUGGGCCCUUCAGCCAGUGCCACACCAAGGUGGAUCCUACAGUCUACUUGGACAAUUGCGUGUACGAUCUGUGCCACAACGACGGCUACAGGACAGCCCUGUGUGAGGCCCUGAAGGCCUACGCAGAUGCCUGCCAGCUGGAGGGGGUCAGGAUUGGGGAAUGGAGGCAGCUGGCCAGAUGCCCCAUGGAGUGCUCCCUGGAGAACAGCCAGUACCAGCUCUGUGGAACAGCCUGCCCAGCCACAUGUGUGGACCAGUCAGCCCCCAGCAACUGCCAAGACCUCUGUGUGGAAAGCUGCCAAUGCAAGGAUGGUUUUGUGCUGAGCCAGGGCAAAUGCAUCCCCAAGGGUGGCUGUGGGUGCGUGUUCGAGGGCCGCCCCUUUGCCCCCAACGAGAGCUUCUGGGUCGACGAGGCAUGUGGGACACGGUGCAUGUGCAAUGCAGCCACUAGAGAAGUCGAAUGCGUGGCUGCUACGUGCAAACACUCGGAGAGGUGCGGGCUAGUGAAUGACAUGCGGGAUUGUUACCCCUCCAGCUAUGCCACCUGCUCUGUGACACAGAAUCUGCACUACACCACCUUUGAUGGACAGAGAUACAACUUCAAAGGCACCUGCCGCUAUCAGCUUACAGCCCUGUGGAAGAAGGCAGAGGGACUGGUGGACUUUGAAGUCUAUUUCCAGGAGAACAGUACUGCUCCUGUACAGACCAAGGUUUAUGAGACCGACAUCAGGGUCAGCAAUCAAUUCCCUGGCAAAAUCAUGGUGAAUGGUUUCCUGAUUAAUCUUCCCUUCAACCUUGAUAAGAAAAUCACUGUGUAUAGAAAGAGCUGGGCCACAGUGAUCCAGACAGACUUUGGCUUCAGCGUUACCUAUGCCAGGUGGUCAGGACGCACCACAGUGACUCUGCCAGUUACCUACGCGGGAGCCAUGUGUGGUCUGUGUGGCAAUUUUAACAUGGACAGGGAGGACGACAUGCUCAUGAGGGAUGGCACGCUGGCACCAAACCCCAUCAGCUUUGGCCAGAGCUGGAAGGUGGGAGACCUCCCAGGAUGCUCUGCAGUAACGAUACCACCAUGCGCAAGUGUAGAGGCUAUUGAAAAACAACAACGAGGUAGCAGAGGGCAGUGUGGGCUCAUCUUAUAUAAGAGUGGCCCUUUCAGAGGAUGUCACAGCAAAGUGGACCCCCAUGGAUACUUUGUAGACUGUGUGUACGGCUAUUGUGUCCUCAGUGGGCGGGAGAGUAACAUUUGUCAUGCUGUUGCUGCGUAUGCUGAGGCAUGUCAGGAAGCUGGAGCUAUACUGCAUCCCUGGAGGACUACGAAAUUCUGCUAUCUGUCCUGUCCCCUGAACAGUCACUACGAAUUAUGCAGCAGCAGCUGCGAUCUGACAUGCAGCAACCUCUAUGCCCCGGUGCAAUGCACGACCCAGUGUAAGGAAGGCUGCGUGUGUGAUGAGGGCUUUGUUCUCAGUGGUGACCACUGCGUCCCCAUUUCCCAGUGUGGAUGCCUCCACAGAGGACUUUACUACCAGGCCUUGGAGACGUUCCACCCAAGCGAUUCAUGCAAAGAGCAGUGCAUGUGUCAGGCUGGUGGGGAGGUUGUGUGUAAGGCAUUCUCCUGCGGCGCUGGUGAGCAAUGCAGAGUGGUGGACGGUGUCCAGAAAUGUCACCCAUUUGGAUCUGCGACCUGUUCUGCCUCUGGCCAUCCCCACUACCUCUCUUUCGAUGGGGUCUCCUUUGACUUCCAAGGCACCUGCACCUACAUCCUGGCCAAGACCUGCACCGAUGUCAGCCACUUGACACCAUUCACUAUCAGUGUAGAGAAAGAAUCCUGGGGUAGUGGGAAUGUCUCCAUGGCCAAGUUGGUGUCCAUUCAGGUGUAUGGGAUCACAGUUACCCUGCUGCCGAACAAACAGGGGCUCAUCAUGGUGAAUGGGGUGUUCCACAACCUCCCGGUGAUCACGGCCAACAGGCGGCUCCAAGCAUAUCAGCAUGGUACUAACAUCCUGGUGCAAACUGACUUUGGCCUCAUUGUGAGUUACGACCUGGUUUACCAGGCCAGAGUCACCGUUCCACAGCGAUACCAGGGCCACAUGUGUGGCCUGUGCGGGAACUACAAUGGAUGGCAGGACAGCAAGUUCCUGCUCCCCAAUGGCAGGACAGCCUCUGAUGUGGCAGUAUUUGGCUCUGCUUGGGAAGUCCAGGUCCCAGGAGCAUCAUGUGCAGACAGAUGCCAUGGGAACAGCUGUCCAGUUUGUGAGGAGAGGAAGAAGGAUGUCUUCAAACAGCACCACUACUGCGGGUUGCUCACAGACCCCGAUGGCCCCUUCACUUCCUGCCAUGGCAUGGUCAGCCCCAGUGUGUAUCUGAGCAACUGCUUGUACGAUAUGUGCCUGGGAAACGGGGACUCCCAGGUCCUGUGCCAGAGCAUCCACAGUUACGUGACAUCCUGCCAAGAGGCCAAGGUUACCAUCCCGCCCUGGAGGAGCCCCUCCUUCUGCCCUGUGAGCUGCCCUGCCAACAGCCACUAUGAGGUCUGUGCUGACCUCUGCACUAUCACCUGUGCUGGCAACAUCAUUAACUGCCCGGAGACCUGUGCCGAAGGCUGCCAAUGUGACGAUGGCUUCUUCUUUGACGGCCAGGGCUGUGUGACUCAGGAGAGCUGUGGAUGCUUCGAACAGGGGAGAUACUACAAGCCCAGUGAGGUGGUCCUGAUGAACGAGUGCCAGCAAAGAUGCACCUGUAUUCCCACCCGAGGGGUGACCUGCGAAGCCCACAGCUGCUCCAUAGGAAAAACCUGCCAGAUCAGAGAUGGCGUCAUGGACUGCAUCAGCCAAGGGAGGGAGACACAGGAGACCACUUUGCUGGCUGUACACCAGGAAAGUCUCACCCACACAGGGAUUUCCCCAGUAAAGGACUGCUGA